AUGGUUACUGAUAGCCCAGCAACACGUGUGAGUGUUAAUAGCAGUGAUUUCACCUUUCAAUCCUCAGUUAUUUACUUAAUGACGAGAACACGGUGCUGGAUAAUGUCAAAUAAUUUUACAUAAAGUUAAGUGGCAGCAAAACCCGUCAGAUAAUUGAGAGUAUUCAGAGGGGAACUAACAGUUAGUGCUCACUGUUGUUACAUCUAAAGAUGCCCCCCGAUGAAUCGGUGAUGUUUUUGGCAGCCUACUGACGGAGCUCUGACACCGCUGAUGGAUUGAAUGAGUGUCGACAGUGUUACUUUAUCGUGAAGGACAGAGAUAAAUGGCGAGGACAAGACCUGCAGUGUAAACGCCAAAGACUCAACAGGAAGUUACAUUAGCUGAAGCGACUUGCUGCCACAAGCUAACACCAAAGACUGCUAGCACCUCGUUAAGCUAGUCAGUAGGUAAGGUUAGCCGGGUGGCUAAUGUUAGCUGGCAAGUCUAUUUUGUAGUGCACCUGUGUGCCAUCAGUAGGAAAAUCGUUUGGCGAUUAGUAUUGACAACUUAAUCCGAGAGGAUUUUGUGUAUCCUAUGAUCUCGCAGCGCUAGUUUUCUGUACCAAAAUGUCCACCACUUCGUUGGAUAAAGAAUUACAGGAGCGACUGAGAGAGGCGUCUGCUAUCGGGGAUAUCGACGAAGUGCGGACAUUGGUGGAGAGUGGAGUAAAUGUUAAUUCACAGAACGAAAUAAAUGGCUGGACAUGCCUGCACUGGGCAUGCAAGAGGAACCAUAAACACAUAGUGUCCUACUUACUCAGUUAUGGCGCAGACAAAGAAAUCCUCACGGCUAAGGAUGAGUUGGCCUCGCAACUUACAUCCAAACCAGCGAUCAAGCGACUUUUAGGAGUUGAGGUGGAGGAAGAGCCUGAAGUCAAGGAGCCUGAGUUGCCAAUCAUCCCAAACUACCUGUCGAACCCGGCCUUCAUUUAUGCCAAGAUGGAUAACAAGUCAGAGAUCCUCCUGGCUCAGCACCUUGCACAGAAUGGUUCUGGAGAACACGCUGAGGACACGCACAGUGAUUCGCCCUCCCUCUCCCCAACUCAUGAGCCUCAGAAAUCCCAGAGCCUGCUCUUUGACGACCCCACUCCUCCACCAAACCCCACCACCCACAGCCAAGCCCAGGCUGGGGAAUUAAUUCCUGUGACUGAGCAAAAUGGCGUGUCACCCAGUCCGGCUUCAUCCCACAGCCAUGCUGUCGUUAACUGCACAGUACCCAUGGACCUGUCCGUUGAGCCGCACCUUGUCAACCAUGCCGACUACCCGCAUGCGGUGUCACACAAUGGCACCAUGUGCUCGCCGCCGUUGGCCUCACCCAGCCCCAGCUUGGCCAGCAGCAGUGGGAGCCAGGUCCAGGCCCCGGUGGCCGGCGCUAACCCAACUAUGAGCAGGCAGCAGUCUAUCCCGCAGCAGCUGAACUACAGCCAGGCUGGGGGGCCCAUGCCAGCCUUCCAGCCUUUCUUCUUCACCAGCACCUUCCCUGUCAACGUGCAAGAGUUGGUGCUGAAGGUGCGUAUCCAGAACCCCAACGCUCGGGAGAACGACUUCAUUGAGGUGGAGCUGGACCGCCAGGAGCUCACCUAUCGUUCCCUUCUGAGGGUCUGUUGCCGCGAGUUGGAUAUAAGCGCUGAACACGUGGAGAAGAUCCGCAAGCUGCCGAACACCAUGUUGAGAAAGGACAAAGACGUAGCUCGGCUGCAGGACUUUCAGGAGCUUGAGGUCGUGUUGGAGAAAGCAGAAGGCUUGUCCCUUUUCUCUGGGACCGGAGGCCUAACAGACAGACCCUGCUACAACAUGAAGGCCUCCCGGCUCACCUACUAGAGCCGCCACAGGGCCCCAGGUCUCCCCGCUUGUGAUGAGCUUUUGUAGCUACCCCCAAGCAACCAUAAGUAGUUGCCCGCCCAGGUCCCUUAUUACAGCUUAGUCCAGCUUUGGUGUUUCGCCAAUUUACUAACUGGGAUUUCUUUUUUCAAGUUCAGUAGCUAUUGUCCUCCUCUGGCCCUCCUGCCGCUUUAGUGUACCCUACCAGUUGUAAGUGAUCACUGAUGCAUGGUGUCCCUGAUUAUGUGCGAAAGUAUUUGGGCCCCCCCUUCCUCCUCUCUUUAUCUUUCUCUCCUCCCACUGCACUUUUGUGCCAAGGCUCCAGUGGGACAACAGAGGGAGACGUUGGCCUGUCUUCCUUACAGACUUGAAUGGGAUUCUGUAAUAGCCUUAUUUGGACACAUCCCUGUACUGGCUGUGGACUACGGUCAUGUGUGGACUGCGAUAAGCAGAGAGCAGAGGACGACAGGAAGGAUUUACAUAACUAACUUACUGAUAAGUUCGUCACCAGUGCACAGAAUGGGACAAGUUGGACUUGCACACAGCAACUUGAAUUUCUAGGAAAUUAUUAUAGAGUGUUAUCAGAUGUUCUAGCUGACAUACACACUUUCAUACAUGCUGUAGGCAUAAACCUUAGUGUCUUUGCUGCAGAGGGCAUCCAUUACUGGCCUAAUUCCUAAAGUGGAGGAAACCUCACACCCGGUGAGACGAAGGCGUCUCUGGACUAAUAGUACUUCUAUUUGCUGACCACACAUAAUACGCUUUGAUCUACAUCCACACGAGGAUGGACACAUUUGAAUUCUGGUUUCCCAACAUAUUUAAAUCAUUUAUUCAUACACUGUGGGGAAAAGAAAUAAUUAGUUUUGUUUGAAUUGUUCUCUUUUGUGUCUUUUCAUGUUGGACAGAAAUGUACAUCUUUAGAGAUAAAAUGUGCGGCAACUCAUUCUUAUUUUAUUUUCAACAGUGCGUUAGCCGUUCUGCUUGGCAGGAUGUGCUAUUAGGGUCAGUCAGCAUAACACUUAAACUGUCAACUGUGAAGUAUUUAUAAAGAAGUUUCAUUAUAUUGAUUCUUACUAAUGAAGCGAGACCACGCGCUUUAGAGUAGCGAGGCUUCAGCCCCGCUGAAGGUUGCGUGUGAGGCUUUAUAGUAGAAGUUCAUUUCAGUUGCUGUCUGUUUUAACUGUGAUUAGAAUCAAAACCAAAAACUAAUCUAGCCAGCAAAGAUACUAACUGCAAAAUAAACUAUCACUGCUUCAGAAAAGAAUGCAGCCGUGUUAGAUUUUAGUUGUUUUUUUCUCCCCCAGAUGAUAUAAAAUAUAUAUAGCAAAGGACAAGAUGUGUGUUUGUGACACUUGGUUUUAUGAUUGAGUGCUUCCUUGCUCCUCCAGCACUAAUUUAAAUUCUUAUUGUGGCUCUCCGUCACCCCAGUUUAAGCUCAUCUAUAUGGCCACUAGAUUUCUUUAAAAUAUCAUAAUAUUUGUCUUCAGUUUGGUUUCAAAGGCCAGCAUAGUGCUAAUAUUACAUUUUUAUUUAAAGAACAUAUUGAAGGUAAUGUUUUCUAUUUGGUAGCUUAAUCAGAGGUGUUGCUGUCUGACUUGAAUGGAGUCUGACAAGAUGACGACACUAAAAACAUUCUUGUACUGCACAUUAAGAAUUGAACAGGUCAAGAGGCACAGCCGUGUUGUCGGACAGUAAUGUUUAUGCUGCUUUCAUCAACACUUUGUAUUCCUUUUAAUUAAGCAGUGCAGUAGGAGGCCACUACACAUGGCUUACAAUCAAAACGUUUCUUAUCCAGUGGUAACUGUUUACUGUUGAAAUGUAUACCUGAAGCUCUUACUGUAAUUUGUAUGUUUUAUGAUAUAUUUUUUAAUAAUUUGUAUUUUUUUUUCUUCUUUUCUUUAACCAGUUAGGCCUGUUGUGUUUGUGUCAAAAAAAGAACAAAAAAAGGCUACCAUCGUGCAAGAAAGAGUUGAAUAAUCAAUGAAAAGUGCUGUUGUUGAAGCCAAGUGCAAUGUGUGUGUGUGUUGUGUGUGUGUUUGUGUGUGUGGGGGGGAGAGAGAGAAUGUGUUUCCAGGAAGUUUGCUGUGAGAAGAGAAGGACGACCAAGAGUGCUUAUUUUCUGUUCCCAACUAUGUUGAAUGCUUUAUUAAGUGAAGUUGUGCCACAUGUUUAAGGCAGGAGCUUGGUUGAGAGAGUGGGACAAUGUGUGGAGAACCCCCCCCCCCCCCCCCCCCCCCCUCUCUAUGGGUGAGUGGGAGCAGCAUGUUUGAGAUGGGUUUUUAUAGGAUCUUCUUUGAUUCUGGGGAAACGGAGAUAACUAACAUUGUAUUUGUGGGGUUGCUUAUUGUUCUAGAAAAAGCAGAAUACAGUUUGACUUAACCUAUGCAUUCAGAGUCUGAUAUUUUUAUAUGCAGUACGUCCCGUGUACUUAUAGACAAUUAUUUUAGGCACUGUUAAAGUUGUGUUCCGGAGGCCUGUAUCUGUUCUUUGAUAAAGCAUGGUGAAUUACUUUCCUCUCUCAAACUGACCUUGUGUCUUCUAAAAGCAUAUUGUCCAUCUGACUAAUUGAAGUCAUUUUGAUGUAAUGAGUAUCUUAAUGCUCACUUUAAAUCAAGGGAGCAGGUACAUGUUUUUGUUUGGCUUUUGUUGCAGGUUAUUCUUCCUUUGUACCUGCAUGUGUGUGUGUGUGUGUGUGUGUGUGUGUGUGUUCUGGAUGUUGAGGUAAACUCCCAGACUAUUCAUUGAAAUGUAUGUUACGACCGAGAGCCAGUAGAGGGAGCAGAAGAGCAAAUAUUGGCUUUAGAUGAGCCACUUAGGUAUGCCACUUUAAGUCAUUAUAAGAGGAUAGCUUUCUUUCUUUCUUUUUUUAUUUUUUCGUUUUUGUUGUUGCUUGGAUUUAAUUAAAUUCACAAAGUAUUUUAAAACCUGC